AGUAACUUUUAAAAGACGAUCAUUUUCUUGUGUAAGCGUGUGUGCGGGCACGUUCCUGUUGCAACUAUAUUUUAUUUUCCUUAGCUCUUCCUCAGCCCACACACGCACACUCGCGCGGGAAGUAGAAAUGUACGGGGCUGGCAUGGACGAGAUGCUGAACGCCAUGUUCGGCGCAGGCGGGAUGCCGGGCAUGGAGAGCAUGGGCGGCUUCGGCGGUCGUGGCGGACGCGGGCAGCGCGCUCGCCGAGGUCGCGACGUGGGCCACGCCCUUCCAGUCACCCUGGAAGACCUGUACAACGGGAAGACGGUGCAGGUGGAGCGCCGGCGCACGGUGCUGUGCCCCGAGUGCAAAGGCAGCGGCUCAAAGAAGAAGAACGUCCCGCGUGGCGGCAACGUGUGUCCGCAGUGCCGCGGCAGUGGGGUGCGGGUGGUGGUGCAUCAGAUGGGCAUGAUGGUGCAGCAGUCGCAGGUGAUGUGCGACGCCUGCAGCGGCACCGGCGAGCUCAUCGACCCGCGCAACCGCUGCCCCCGCUGCUCGGGCAGUAAAACGGUCGAGGUGGACGCCCCGGUGAGCGUCGUGGUGGCGAAGGGGAUGAGCCACAAGCAGCAGCUUGUUUUUGCCCGCAUGGCGGACGAGGAGCCCGGCGCGGACCGUGCGGGCGACUUUGUGGUGGUGCUGCAACAGCUGAAGCACGACAUCUUCACACGCGACGACUGCGACCUGCACAUGCAGCACCACCUGUCGCUGCAGGAGGCGCUGUGUGGGUUUCAGUUCAAGCUUACGCACCUUGACGGUCGCGAGCUGGUUGUCCGUCAGCCGCGUGGCCAGAUCACGAAGCCGGGUGAUGUGAAGGCGGUGGUGGGCGAGGGCAUGCCGGUGCUGAAGCAGGCGGGCAAGUUUGGUGACCUCAUUAUCGAGUUUCUCGUCGACUACCCGGACCGCGUGGAGGAGUCCCAGCUGCAGCUGCUCCGCCAAGCGCUGCCGCCGCCGAAGAGCGUCGACGCCACCGCCAGGAACGAGGAGGAGGGCGAGGUCUGCUACGUGACGCGCGAGGACCUUUCUAUUUUGGAGGAGGAAAUCAAGAAGGACGAGGAGGCCGAGGAUGAGAACGAAGGCCCGUCCGCCGGCUGCGCAGCGCAGUAG